UAACUUUGACCUUGAAGGCCAAUGAAGCUCAGGGCAGGACAGGUGCUGGACACUGUUCCCAGGCGAUACGGCAUUUUCCUCCUGUUGCUGAUGCUGGGCCUGGUGGAGGGUGUCCAGGGCUUGCUUUCCCCAAGCUCAGCACGAGGGAGCAGACCCCUGGACCGUGGAGCACUGGUGGGAAGAAGCAGGUCUAGUUUGUGGAUCUUGCCAGGCAGGUUCGAGUUCCAGCUCAUCCCACAGGGAACAUGUUCCCGGUGCUGGCCUCGUGGUUCUCCAUCUGAGCCUAAGUCAUCGUGGUAUGUUUUUGGUAGUGGGACCCAGCUCACAGUCCUAGGUCAGCCCAAGGCUGCUCCUUUGGUCACCCUGUUUUUGCCUUCCUUGAAGGAGAUCCAGGCCAACAAGUACACACUGGUGUGUCUGGUGAGCGAAUUCUACCCGGGUGCUCUGGUGGUGGCCUGGAAGGUAGAUGGCAUCCCUGUCACUCAGGGUGUGGAGACCACCCAGCCCUUUAAACAGACCAACAACAAGUACAUAGCUAGCAGCUACCUCACACUGAUGUCUGACCAAUGGACACCUCACAGCAGAUACAGUUGCCAGGUCACUCACGAAGGGACCACUGUGGAGAAGAGCAUGUCCCCUGCUGAAUGUUCUUAGGUUAU